CAGUAUAAUUAGUCGUCUGUUUUCUUUUCAUUAAUUCUUUUACAUACAUUAAGUAAUAGUACCUCUAAAUUUUUUUAAUUUCACUGGCAUUAUCCACAGAGCAAGCAAUCACGACUGGAUUUAAUCAAUCUAACACUGGUCUAAUUUGACAGUAAACACUUGUUCAGGGGUUGGGUUUGUUGGCUCGGGUCUUGGGGUUGCUUGUCAAUGGAAAUUGAUUGACUUAAACACAAUACUUAAUUCCAAUACAGAUUUUAAUUAUUUUCGUAUUAAUAAUAAUGAAUAAUUGGCGAGACAUAUUUUUUAUUUUUUUAGAAAGAUUGUAUUAGUCCUAAAUAUGUUCAUAUAAUGAUCUGAUGUGUUUAGAAAGUACCGGUUGCGAAAAUGUCUGGCCCUGAUGAACAGGACGAUUUCAUAUUUCGUCCUCAGCACCAUUUGGAUGCUAAGUGGCUGAAUCCUGACUUACAAGAUGCUUUAAUUAAUCCAGAAGCACUAUGUACUCUGUUUAAUGGCCUUUUGCAAGACAGAGAAAUAUAUUUUGACGCCGGAAAUGGCCUAGUAAAUAAUGCUGGAAUUACAGCUAAACUAGGGGAUAGUGGCAAAUAUUAUUGUGGAUUGAGGAUAUUAACAUGCACUUGCUGUGAUGGUCUUUGUGGCCCGCAUUCUGGCUGUGCGUGUGCACCCUGCAGUGCACUAUCUGCAGAGGAAGAACUUCGUAAAGCUUUAUAUUUGAAAAUUACUGUACCAACUGCCUCUGUCCAAGUUAUAGAUGAUCUUAAGUGGAAACAAGAUCCAGGUCCAGAAUGCUUGCAAAGUCUUAUGGAAUCACUGAUUUGGGAGCAGCGUGUGCGUGCCAUCAACACAGCUGUCAGUUGUCCAUACAUUUCACAGAUUCGACGCUUGAUAGUGCUGUGCUAUAGACAUCUUGUAGCUGUUAUUAGGGAUCAAAAUCAUCAUAAAGAUGUUAAAAAAAACAAAUUAGACAAAAAGCCUCCACAUGGUGUUAGUAAUAGAGCUCUAAGCAAUGUUGUUAGUACACUGAACAAGUCUGUUGAACUAAGUACUGAGAGUCAAGAAGAUGCAGAAGAACAAAUAGAUGAUUCAGAAAAUGCAUUCGGUCUCGCUCGAGUUGGCGCCCGCGCAGCUCUCCGGCUCGCUUUGUCCCUAGUGCGGCGCGCAUGGCGCUGCGGCGAGGACGCCGACGUAUGUUCUGCACUGCUGCGAGAUGCUUUAGAUGCAGUACGAGCGCUACCCGACGCCGCUCUGUUUGCUGGCACUGGAGCGGUGCAACAAGCGCCUCGUUCACAGAAAAUAUGGGCGGAAGUUGUUGAUAGUGCCGCCAAAUUCCUACAUCAAGUCGUAGUUGGGGAGGUGGGAUGUAAUGUUCCGUUGGGCGACUGGCGGACGUCGUUGUGUGUAUGGGUGGAGCUGUGUGCUCGCCGCGCGGAACUGCCAGCGCUACUCAAAGCAGCUGAUGUUCUAGUCACUUUGCCGCCGCGACAGAAACGGCAACCAGACCACAGAAUAACACUGGAAGAAUGUACAGCACCAUUAGGACCAUUCCUAAGACGGAUGGCUAAAGUGGUAGCGCCUAAUCCAAUUUUAAACAGCGAACCAACAACUGAAGUUAAUCCCACAGAGAUAUACCUAAAAGAACUAAAUCUGCCAAGUGGCGAUGGAUUGAUGGAAGUUAAAAAAGCUGGCAUUGCCUUAUUAUGCCAUUUAGAUAGGCUAGGAGCUCCGCUGUUGCCACCGUUAAAGGGAUUUGUCACUUGCACAGAAUCAGCACAAGAUGUGGUCUCGGUAGCCUCAGGACCGUUACAAUUAGGAACUUUAAGAAUUCAGCAGAUUGCUUGUGCUGAAAAAUUAGCAUUAUUAUUGACACACGAUGGUGCGGUGUACACCCUACCGUAUGAUACCAUGACACCACAACUUAUUCCAGGUUUGGAAAGUAAAACGAUAACCCAAGUGUCGUGCCACUCAACGGGGCGGCAUUACCUGUGCUGCUCGUCGUGUGGGGCGGCGUGGUCGUGGGGCGCGGGCGAGGACGGCCGCCUCGGGCACGGGGACACCGCGCCCCGCGACGCGCCCGCGCCCCUGCACCACCUCGCGCACCACGAGGUCGUGCGUGUCGCCGCCGGGCCCGCCUGCAGCGCCGUACUAACGUCCCGCGGCGCUCUGUACACGUGGGGGCGGGGCGCGCAGGGCCGGCUCGGGCACGGCACGCUCGAGAGCUGCCUCACGCCGCAGCCGGUCUCGUUCAGCGCGCACAACAUCGAGCGGGUCGUCGACGUCGCGCUAGGGUGGGGAGAAGGACAAACGCUUUGUUGCACGUUGGAGGGAGCAGUGCACGUAUUCGGGGACAGCGAGGCAGGGGCACCGCGUGCUCUCACCUCCCUCUCUGUACUGAGGGUCACGCGCGUCUACACUGGCGAGCAUUGGCACGCUGUACUCACUGAUGGUGGUCAAGUGUAUACAUGGGGCAAAGGCGAUGGCUAUAGACUUGGUCAUGGGAAUUUAGAAACGAUUAAAGUGCCUAAAUUGUUGGAGACUCUUCAAGAUAUUCGGAUAGUGGAUCUAUCGCUGGGUGCGUCGCAUGGUAUAGCGUUGUCGUCAGAGGGAGCGCUAUUCGCGUGGGGCACGCACGAACGUGCUCAAAUAUCCCGUCCAGUGCCACAAUUACUACAAGUGCUUAAUCCUUCAUUUAAAGCGAACGGUGUCUCAAGUGGGCCGACACAAGUCAUUGUUUGGAGUCAAGAGAGUCCUAGGGAUUUACCAUCUUCCAUGCCAUUUGUUAUAGAUAUAUCAGAUAGUACUUUUAAGUUAUUAGAAAGACUUUUAAGGAUAGUUGUGGAACAAAGCAACUCGGCUUCCAUAAAAGAGAAUGAAUGUCUAGCUAUAUCAAGUUUAAAUUUGCUGAGGCUUCAGGUGCACGCGUGGCAGUGUUCACGCGGGAACGUAUCGGUGGACGAGGCGGAGGUGAGCUCGUGGUGCGGGGGCGUGCACGCGGCCCUCGUGUCGCUGGUGGAAGGCCGCGCGGGGCCCGCAGCCGCCGCCGCCGCUCGUCGCGCUCUCGCCGCCGCCUGGCCCAUACUGCUGCCCACGCCGCACGUGCGGGCACAACAUCUCAUAGCUCUGUUGCCGCAGGGUUCAUCGCCAGCCAGUGCAGGAGCUAGAUUUAUGACCGAAUUAUUAGUGUGGUCGUUACUUGGAGGCGGUGGGCUAAGAGAUGCUCUAAAAAAUGCUCUGCAAGUUAACUCCUCUGAUGCCUACAAUCAUUUGCAGCUUGACGUAAACUAUGAUCAGGUGGAUAUAGUAACUGGUCAAUGUGUUCCUCAAACAAUGUCAACUGGUGAAAACGGGGAGACUGUACCAGGAUGCACAGAAGAGUAUCAAAUUAAUAAUGCUACAACUUCAGAUAAGGGAGCAUCUGUUCCUCUUAUGCAUCUGGUUAAACAUUUGAUUCGAAAUACUAGUUGCCAGACUCAAAUGCACAUAAGUUGUAUAAUAAACGGUGAUACAAGCAAGACCGACGAUCCAAAAGGACACGACACUGUCAGCCCUAGCUGCGAUCUUCUUAUUCGCUUCCAAAGGUUGCUUUUUUGUGAGGCGAUGUGGUACCGCGGUGGUCGGAGUACUCGCGGAGGCGUGCGGGCACUCAUCACUCAGUACACGGCGUUGCUCGCGGAUCACGUGCACUCCACCCUUGCGUGCUUCACACGAGCAGUACACAGAGCGAACAAUGAGCAGCUAACAGCGCUGUGUGACCUCAUAGCUGCUGAUAUUGUUGGGCGAGUAAUCAGCGAGUUAAACGCCUGGGUUAAUGCUUGUGCUAGUCGUUCGCCCGGCGCGUUGGCAGAUUCUACUAGUUCUCUAGUGAAAAUGGCCCGUGCUUGUGACGAAGCCGCGCGAUGUCUUCCUUCCGCUGCCAAAUUAGAUGCUGAUUUGUUAGGAUGGCCUGGGCUGGUAUCAAAGAGACAUCAGUUGAAUAGUAGUGUUAUACGCAAAUGCGAUCUCCAAAAUCACACAAAAGAGGGCGGUUCUUGGAUCGUAGUGAGCGGAUACGUGUACGACGUGGAGAACUUUGAAUGUGAAAGCGCUAGUACCGUGGAAGUGGUACGCAAGAUGCGCGGCUGCGACGCGACCGCAGCGCUCAGUGUGGAGCCGCACGCCGCUUACCUCUCGCGGCUCACAGAUAAAUGCGUCGGCUUGUAUGCUGAUCAAAUCUACACGCAUAAAUGUCAUGAGAGUACAUCGAGUCUCCGUGCUUACCACAUACUGUCAUCGAGUGCAUUCAACUUGGCGGUGGGUCUGACUCAGUGCGGAUCGAGACUAGCUCGCUCGCUGCCUGUGCAACAAGCGGAGCGAGACGCAUCACCUUACGCUGCUGCCGUAUUUCUCAGGGGCGGUUUACAAGUGUCACAACUAGCGAAUCCGUUCGAGGAGGAGAAAGCAGAAGCUCGUAGUGGUUCGUCCACGGGUGGGAAUAGUCCUGCAAGUGACGCGCCACCCAUGCGGAAUACGCGUCCGCCGCCUAAAUUCAGCGUUACUACUACACAUGCACGCGCAGAUGCGUUGCUGUACGCGCUCGCGGAACCGAAACUACACGACCCUUUAGCAUUACACCUAUGGUGGGCAUGUGAGAGACGCGAAGGCUGCGCCCCCCAUUUUCCCCCAGAACAUCCAUUAGAAGAGUUGAGGCGAGCUAUGCUUGCUGCUUUAUUGUUCCACGCCGGGUUAAAAGAGCACGCUUUGGCCACUGCUACCGCGGAAAUGGAAAAGGGAGAAGUUAAAUUGUCGCCAGCCAUGUCGGAGAUCGUGAAGGCAGUACAGCAAAGCAAAUGGACUCUUAUGAGGACAAGGCAACAGUUAUCACGUGGAUAUAAGGAGGUCUGUGCUGCACCGCUAGAGCGCGCGCGGUUUCUUCUGCAUGAAGUUCGCGCAGCUGUUUCACCCGCAGUCGCUGCGCUGAGGAAACGUCCACCUUCGCACAGACCUCCCACUGCUAAAAAAAUCUUCCAGAAGGUCAUGCGUGCUGCGAAGACACCAAGUUUUAAUAAAUGUUUUGAAACUACCAAAGAUUUAAGAAAUAGACAAAACAGUUUAAGCAAAAGCAUGUUGAAAGCGACAGGUAGUCUAUUACAAGGCGAUGCUUUGUUGAUAAAGUCCUCUAUUGCUAAUGCAUCAACCAAAACUCCAGAGGAGGUCACUCCAAGUAUUAUAGUCGAAACAUCGAAAGGUCACUUGAUAGAAAGUACGGGAGAUGUUAAGGAAUUAUCGAAUCAACAAACUAAAUCAAAAUUUAAAAUAAAAGACAAACUUCUUGAAAAGGACAUGAAAAAUGCAUCAAAUUACGACGACAUGCGCAAUGAAGGACGCAGCGAUUAUAAACUUGCUGAGAAAGACGAUGUAUUAGAUAAAGACAAUGAUGAUAAAACGCCCACAAAUGAAAUGUCAAUGAGUUCGAUAAAUGACAUGACUGAUAAUUCGGUUCUGAAAGAAUCUAUGGAAAGCGAGAAACAAGUAAUGUUGCUCGCUGAUGAUCUCAAAAAUGAUCUCAUUAUGGCUAAUGAAGAAAAAGAUGAUGAUAAUUCUGAGAGAAAUAAGUUUGUUAAUGCUUGGGUCUCUAGACUCGCUUGUGAAGAAAAAGAUUUAUAUUGGAUGCUCGAAGAAGUGACUCCAGAGCAGCAAAGUCUGACUACCGCCGUUAUCGACUUUGUUAUGACUGAAAACCCGUGCGACAUUGAUAUUCUUAGAAGGGCUUUAUAUUGUCAGGUGCAAAGAGCAGAGAUGAGAAGAAAUGGAUACAAUAUGAUAAAUGCUAUUUUACAUUCAUCACAGACCAUGUCUGAGAGUGUGAAGUAUGCUGCUCUAGCUGGUUUACUCGGAGCAUCAUUUGCAGAUUCAGUUCCUCAAAUACCUCUCAAACCUACUAUAUCGUUGACGCCGCCACUUACAGGCAUUGAAUCAGUGAUACCAUAUUCUAAGUACAUGGUACUUUUGGAAAGAUCGAAAUUAAUGGACUUUAUUCUCAUAGAAUUAAAAGCGAGAGUAUUGGAAGGCGAACAGACGCAGCCGCUACCACUAAAGAUGAGUGCUAAUUAUGGGGCACAUGCCUUGUUAAAUCGACCUUCUAGGGCGCGAUUCCUAAUAACGCUGUUAUCGUUACUCAUUGAAGGGUGUCAAGGACCAGAACUGGAACAGCUCAUAAACGGCGGAGCCCUAAGCUCAUGUUUGACAUUAUUAAAACAAAUUGGUGGUGAUACAUCACAACAUGCAUCUUUAAUUUGUAAUGGGCUUAAAUCAAAAUCGGAUUGUAUAAUUAUCUAUGAAGAUGAACGUUUGGGUGCACGGGCCCGAGGCGCUUCCCUCUCAGGGCCUGAACUUGCAUCAUUAAUGAAAAUUGGAACACGUGUGGUUCGUGGCAAAGACUGGAAAUGGGGUGAUCAAGACGGAGUGCCGGGCGGAGAAGGUCGUGUGAUUGGAGAACUCGGCGAAGACGGGUGGGUGCGGGUAGCGUGGGACGCUGGCGGAACGAACUCGUAUCGUAUGGGCAAGGAGGGCAAGUACGACCUGAAACUCGCUCGUUCACCGUCCCCACCGCCGUCGGUAGACGAGACUGUGCAUGGAACUGUGGACAACAGUAUCGAGUGGUGGCCAGUGAGCGAAGUGCGCGCGGCAUGUACGUGUGCAGUACGCGCGCUGUGCGUGGGCGCGGGCGCGGUGGGAGGCGCGGCUGCGGUGGCGCGUCGCAACGUCGCUGCGCUGCAGCGGCGGCUACUCACGCUUGCGCAUGCGCACGCUGCACCCCCGCCGACGGCAUUCGCCGCGCAGCACCACACUGCGCUCGCCUUAGUUAGAGCAAGUGCCCAGAGUCCAGAGAUGAGAAUAUCGUUGUGCACUGACUCGUGGUUUGAACUGUGCUACAGUAUUAUUUCGGCCACAGACAAACCUAUUUCACAGGAUUUAAUAUAUCUACAAAUUCAGUCACUAUGGUUACUUCGACGAGUAUUAGUGGAACAUAAUGGGCCUAAUGAAUGGCGGCGCACAGUAGGGGCGCAAUUACUAGCAUUAAUCGGACGACUGUGGUUAGAGACGCACGCAUCUGACCCGGCGUUGCGGCCUAAUCAUAACGCUGUCGCUGCUGGCGCUGAUGAGGAAGAAAUCGACAACAGAUGGCGUGCGCCCGCGACCGCCAGCUACACGGGCUCGACGUGCGCAGCGCUGGUGCAUUUAGUGCGACAGCUGCACGCAGCGCCGCAGUGGCACACUCCGCUUACUGCGCUGCUACUUGACAAACUGCAUUUGGCGGCACAAAUGGUAACAAGUGAUUGGCAUUGGUGGCCACACGCCAGUCAAGAUUUGACAUCAACCAUCAAACCUGCACCGCCCACGCUCGACACAUGUUUGAUUGCGGGGGUAUUGGGAGUGGUCGGUGGCGUAGAGUGGCGUAUAAGGCUCGGUCAGCGAGUGACCGCAGGCUCGCCGCCACGGUGCGCUAUCGUCACACAGCUGUCGCCUAGAGCAAAGAUCACGCUGGUGCACGACGAUAACACCGCUACUAAGACUGAAUUAAGUGGAAUACAAAGUGCCGAGCCAGAGCGGUUAAGCCAACCGCUGGGCGGAGGAGAGAGUGCGUUGCGUGUGUGUGCGUCGCUGCUCGGCGCUGGCCCACAGGCUUCGCCAAUGCAUCCACAUCACUUACCUGCCGAAAUAGACGUGUACGGCCUUAGAAAACAGCAAAUGGAAUUACUGACUCUGUGUGCUGUGCGUGGACUGUUGACUACACGCACACGACUUCGGAAAGUAUUGAUGCAACCUCCUGAUAAUGCUAGUACCUUAGAAAGAGGCACCAGUCUAGGGACUGAGGGCACUUUAUUGAAGCGCUUACUAGCACUAGCGACGCGGCCGAGUCCGUUAGCCGCUUCACACACGCCGCGAGAGCUCACAGCCGCUGCAUUAACUAUAGUACAACAGCUGGCAGCGCAUGUUAAUGGUGAGGAGAAAGACCAUGAGUCCCCGCCUGAUUUGCCCAUCAUAGAUAAGAGUAAUGUUAUGCAGUUAUCAAUGGGCCCUUCCACUAGUACUGCGUCGUUGUCUCGUAAAGAUCUCAAUACCUGGGCGAACUCGUCGCAAGUACAACAAGUUAUUGAAAUGGGAUUCUCCCGACACGCGGUAUACGCAGCGAUUCAAGCCUUAGGUAACAAUUGUGGCACUAGUUUGCCUUCAGUAGAAUCACUAGUUGCAUAUUUACUGGAGCUUCCCCAGCAAGGCAUGGACGAUACAGUAUUUGAAGUGAAGCCUCACACGUCCAAAGUCGAGAAGAAGCAAACGCCGUACCGCUGGCGUAGUUGUUUUGCCUCGGAAGAUGAGUACGCUCAGUAUGUAUCGGACGUUAUCACGCCAGGGAUGACUGUACGAUGUUGCAAGGCGUUCGAAAGUGUGGCAUUAGGUGAUGUGGGUCAAGUGCAAAAAGUGGAACGAGAUAUAAAACAAAACGUCUUUCUUCAUGUGGAAUGGCGCGGCUUGGGUCGUGUAUUCGGUGUGCGCGCAGUACACGCGGAAGUAGUAUCGGGCGGGCCGCCAUUCGCGCCCGGGGACAGGGUGCGUGUGCGCGCCGCCGUUACACAGCCGCGGUACAAGUGGGGCUGUAUCGACCACUCCAGUGUCGGUACUGUUACUGGUAUAUCUGCAAAUGGUCGUGAUUUAACAGUCGACUUUCCACAACAACCAGGCUGGACUGGACAAGUCAACGAAAUGGAGCUAGUGACAGAUCAAUCGGAAUGGGGAGAGAGCGCUGGUGGCACGACUGUUGGAUGGCGGGGAGCGGUGCGUGCUGUCCGCGUGUCGUCCUGCCGCCCGGGGGCUGGAGCGAGGCGACUAUUAGACUCUCAACCACAUACCUACUGGCAAAGUUCUAGCGGUAAUGGACAGCACUGGAUUCGCGUGGAAAUGCGGUACGGCGUGCGAAUCCGGCGGCUGGGGCUGGGCGUGGCGGGUGGCGGUCACGGCGCGGCUGCGCUGGCGGUGCGGGCGGGCGGCUCGUUCGACGACGCUGCGCUCGCGCCGCUGGCCGCCGUGCCGUGCACGCCGCCGCCGCCGCCGCCGCCCGCGACCACUUCGCGCGACCGCCCCCCCGCACACCUCGCCCAGAUACAGCUGCUCGCUGAUUGUAAGCAGUUCUAUCCAUGCAUAGAAAUCGGCAUUAAGCAGAAUCGUAGCGUCAACGCUGAUUGUCGCGUGCACGGCCUAUACAUAACGGGUUUCAGGCCUAACCCUCUAUAUAAUGACGUUUUAUUGGGUAUGAAUUUUGUUGCCGAAGAUUGGAUGGAAAAGGACAAUUCAACAGGCGCCGUAUCGGCUGAUAACAAUCCACCUUCUCUACCGAGCGAAUGUCCGAAGGUAUUUGUGUGGGGCUUGAACGAUAAAGAUCAACUCGGUGGGGUGAAAGGUUCCAAAGUGAAAGUGCCAGUAUUUUCACCCAGUCUAAGCGCGUUACGGCCGGUCCACAUUGCUGGUGGUUCAAAAACUCUCUUCAUUGUAUCUCAUGAUGGAAAGUUGUACGCUUGUGGAGAAGGCACGAAUGGCCGCCUGGGACUGGGGCACAGUAACAACGUGUCGACACCUCGAGCGAACCCGUACCUGUCGCACGUACUAGUGCGUCGCGUCGCCGUUCACUCGGGGGGGAAACACGCGCUCGCACUCACUGCCGAUGGAAAGGUUUAUUCCUGGGGUGAAGGUGAAGAUGGUAAGUUGGGUCACGGCAACCGUAUCACACUGGAAGUGCCGCGGCUCAUCGAAACGUUGUCUGGAGAGCGUGUGGUCGGCAUCGCCUGUGGCUCCGCUCACAGCGCUUGCGUCACCGCCCGCGGCCACCUGUAUACGUGGGGCAUGGGCGAGUACGGAAGACUCGGCCAUGGUGACGAUAUGACGCAGCUGGUACCCAAAAUGGUGGAAGCACUGGCCAGUUUCCGCGUAGUACAAGUGGCGUGCGGGUCGCGCGAUGCCCAAACCUUAGCGUUGACUGCCUGUGGCAAGGUCUUCUCAUGGGGAGAUGGCGAUUUUGGUAAAUUAGGUCGCGGUGGUUCAGAUGGUUGUGCAGUUCCAAUGAACAUUGAAAGACUCAAUACGCUUGGAGUAGUCCAAGUUGAGUGCGGCGCUCAAUUCAGUUUAGCUUUAACUAGGGACGGCGAGGUAUGGACAUGGGGUAAAGGCGAUUAUUUCCGGUUGGGGCAUGGGUGCGAUGCCCACGUGCGACGGCCUACUUUGGUGGAGGCAUUGCGAGGCCGUCGCGUCGUGCAUGUGGCUGUUGGAGCCCUGCACUGCCUUGCCGUUACUGCUGAUCACCAGGUGUGGGCAUGGGGCGACAAUGAUCACGGGCAGCAAGGCAACGGCACCACGUGUGUGAACCGACGGCCGGCACUCGUAGCCGGUGUGGAAGGCGUACAGCGUGCGGCCGCCGGGUCAUCGCAUUCAGCCGCCUGGUCGCUGCGGCCCGGUGCCUUACAAGCUGAUACACAGGCACCUCACAUAGCGCCAUUGGCAUUCCCCACGCUCAAGGAUCCACUAGGAGCUCAAAGUUUAGGGUUGUAUUCUGAAGAAACGGUGGUAGAAGAGCCUCAAGGGCCACGACCAUCUUUAGCGGCUGCUGCUCUAGCACUGGAACCUCCGGUGGCUGUGCAGCAUGCGUUGUCACUUAUAUUACUAGCAUUACACAUCACUCAGGCUCGCAGCCUGCUAGUGGAAGCAUUGCGAGCACACGAAGCGUGCUCGAGCACGGCGCCGGUGUCUGUGGGCGUGGACACUGAGGACGAAGACGCCGAGGCCGACGCUCGUACCGGGGGCGGCGAGGCACCCGCUGAUAGAGCCACGUUGCCGAGUGGUGCGAGCAGUCCUCUCAGCGGUUCAGUAUCGUCGCGGCACUCGGCAGUGAUGUCGUCGAGCGCGGUGUCCGUGGCGGCCGCUACCAUGACCGUGCAACAAGCGGAGGCACCUAAAAUGGCCUUGGAUGAUUUUACGUCUCAACUAGGCGAGUCAGAUGCGAGAGCAUUGGUGGAUUUACUUAAAUUAGCCGCAGCUGGACGGAUACCAGAUGCAAAUAAUGCUGUGAAGAUUAUCACCGACGUGUUGAUGGCGUUAUGCGCAAGUAAACCAGCCGUGGCGGAUAUGGUAGUGGAGGUAUGCGUCUGUGAGCUGGAGGAGGCCGCGGCGGGGGGAGGUCGCGCUCCCCCACAACCCGUCACUGUGGACAGCCCGCACCCGUAUGCUGACGAUACUGAUAUAUCAGGGGUUGUGAAAAUUCCCGGCGCGUCGUCACUUCGUGUGACGUUCGAGCAGGGCUGCUCAACAGAGCGUCGCAACGACCCUCUCACCAUAUCGGACAGUACGGGCCGCGUGCUAGCCACGCGGUCAGGACGCGAGCCUGCCGAUUGGGCGCAGGAAAUUAUCGUACAAGGUGAUGAACUACGAUGGAGAUUUACAAGUGAUAGCUCCGUCAACGGCUGGGGUUGGAGAUUCACAGCGCAUCCUGUUUUACUAUCCCAUUCUGUAGCUGAUAGCGGUUCAGAUCGCUACGUGCUGUCAUGUCCUUCAGUCGAACUAGCGUGGCGUUUGUUGGAUGGACCGUUACUGGCAGCUAUAUCAAACGACCAUCAAUUAGCGCCGCGACUAGCUCAGGCUCUCGCUAUAUGUGCCCAGAUGCCCACGCUGUCGUGGCGUGGACGCGUGUGGUGCGUGCGACGGCUGCGCGGCGUGGUGUGCGGCGCGGCGGGGGUGGCGGGGGUGGUGGGGGUGGCGGGCGCGGCGGAGGCGGGCACGGCCGCGCCGCCCGCGCUGCAGCAGCUGCCCGCGCUGCUGCACGCGCAGUACGACCACGAGGAGCCCGCCCUGCGCACCGGCACGCAUCUCAUGCACACGCACUAUCUCAAGGAACUGGCGUGGCUCGCAUGCGGUCUACGUAUAGACACGCGCGUGUGCAACGGCCCGGAUGCGGCUCGCUGGGCGUGGUUUAAGCGCUACUGCCUGUGUAUGCGGACGGCUGAUGCCCUUAUACGUCGCGUACCAAUGCCUAUACCGUUCUUGGCGGAUGUACGUAAACGUCUCGCGGACCUCGGCGUCUAUAACGUAGAAGAGAACAGCACAGACGCACAGUACCCUUGGGAGGACAAUACGAAAUUCACUCGGCAGCAUGACGAACAGUUGCUACAUUGGGUUAAUAAGCGUCCAGAAGACUGGUCCGGGUGGUGGAGCGGCGGGUCGCGGGGCUGCGCGGUGUACGGCUGGGGUCACAACCACCGCGGGCAGCUGGGCGGCGUCGAGGGCGCCAAGGUCCGCACGCCCAUGCCCUGCCAUGCACUCGCCGCGCUUAAUCCUGUGCAGCUGGUCGGCGGCGAGCAGACGCUAUUUGCCGUCACGCCCGACGGCAAGGUCUAUGCCACCGGUUAUGGAGCAGGUGGUCGUCUAGGCAUUGGCGGUAUCGAUUCUGUCUCUCAGCCUACUUUAUUGGCGUCGAUUCAGCACGUCUUCAUAACUAAGGUUGCUUGUAAUUCAGGAGGUAAACAUUGCUUAGCGUUGUCGUCCGAUGGAGACGUGUACAGUUGGGGUGAAGGCGAAGACGGGAAAUUGGGACACGGCAACAGAGUGAGUUACGACCGGCCGAAACUCAUAACCGCACUGUCUGGCCUGGAGGUAGUAGCCAUAGCGUGUGGAGGCGCUCACUCGGCAUGUCUAACGGCUCGUGGGCGUAUCUACACGUGGGGCAAGGGACGGUAUGGGCGUUUAGGUCACGGUGACUCGGAAGACCAACUUGUGCCAAAGCUGGUGGAAGCGUUAGCGUUAUAUCGCGUUAUAGAUGUCGCGUGUGGCUCUGGCGAUGCUCAAACCCUUUGUAUCACCGACGAUGACAAUGUUUGGUCUUGGGGAGACGGUGACUACGGGAAACUUGGCCGCGGUGGAUCAGAAGGCUGCAAGGUUCCAAUGCGCAUAGAUUGUCUAAAAGGACUAAGAGUCAUAAAGGUUGAGUGUGGAUCACAAUUUUCCGUCGCUUUAUGUCAGUGUGGAAGUGUUUACACUUGGGGCAAAGGCGAUUAUCACAGAUUGGGCCAUGGUAGCUAUGAACACGUUAGACGUCCAAUGCGCGUUACCGGAAUGCAGGGCAAGAUGAUUGUAUCUAUUGCUACAGGCAGCUUGCACUGCGUGGCAUGCACAGACAACGGCGAGGUGUACACGUGGGGCGACAACGACGAGGGGCAGCUCGGGGACGGCACCACGCUCGCCGCGCAGAGGCCCCGCUUGCUUAUGGCGUUACAGGGCAAACGCGUGACGCGCGUGGCUUGCGGUAGUGCGCACACGGUGGCGCUGUGUGUGGAGGCGCCGCGUGCUCCCCGGCCGCCGCCUGCGCCGCCGCUCGAGUGCCACCUGCUGCGCGAUCUGGCUGCGCAGCCGCAUCUGCUGUGCAACCGGCUGGUGUUACUCCAUCAAUUUUCGGAACUAGUUUGUCCCAAUCUGCCGCUGUUGAUUUUGGAUGGCCCAUUAGAUCAACUGAGAACUUUGCUAUUUUAUAGCGUCAAAGAAGCAGCGUUUAGGAAGGCAAUAAUGGCGACGAUGGUCCGCGAGCGGCAGCACGGGCCUGUAGUGGAGUUGUCGCGUGUGGCGGCUCGACGGGCGCGGCGGGGAGGCACAGGGCUUGCAGGCCCGGCCGGCAUGCGCUCUGUGUUCGGGCAGAUGGUCGCAAGACUACCUGCACUCACGCAAGACGCUCUCGCACUGCCGCAUCGAGUCUGGAAAGUCAAGUUUGUUGGUGAAAGCGUGGAUGACUGCGGUGGUGGAUACAGCGAGAGUAUAGCGGAGAUGUGCGAGGAACUGCAGAAUGGGUCCUUACCGCUGCUGAUGGCGACACCCAACGGUCGCGGCGACGCGGGCGCAUCGCGCGACGCCUUCUUGCUCAAUCCCACCGCUAAUACACCGUUGCACCUUAAUUGCUUCCGUUUCCUCGGCGUACUAAUGGGAAUUGCAAUUCGAACCGGCUCGCCACUAUCACUCUCAUUGGCCGAAGGAGUGUGGCGGCAGUUGGCGGGGCAACCGCUUCGUCCGCAAGACUUAGCCGAAGUUGACAAGGACUUCUUGCCAGCUCUACUCUGUAUUAGAGACAUGACGCCUAAUAAUAAGGAGCUACAAAAUCUGGAAUUGCCGUUUUCGAUUCCAUCGGCAGCGGGCCACGAGGUGCCACUCUCUACGAGGCAUAAACGUGUUACGCCUGAAAAUAAGGAUGAAUACGUGCAGUUGGCACUGCAUUACAGACUGCACGAGUUCGACGAGCAGGUGCGGGCGGUACGUGACGGCAUGUCGCGCGUGGUGCCGGCGCCGCUGCUGGCGCUGUUCCUGGCGGCCGAGCUCGAGACGCUCGUCUGCGGCUCGCCCGACAUACCCGUGCACGCGCUACGCGCCUCCGCCACAUAUAAAGGCAUAGAGCCAAACGCGCCAUUAGUCCAAUGGUUCUGGGAGGUGAUGGAAGAGUUGUCGGGCAGCGAGCGAGCACUGUUUCUGCGCUUCGUGUGGGGACGGACGCGGCUCCCGCGAGCGCCGCAGGACCCUAGGCAGAGGGACUUUGUACUGCAGGUUCUCGACAAAUAUCACCCUCCAGAUCACUUCCUCCCAGAGAGUUACACAUGUUUCUUCUUGCUGAAGAUGCCGAGAUAUUCAUGCAAAGCUGUUUUACGAGAGAAACUAAGGUACGCCAUACACUUUUGCAAAAGCAUAGAUACAGAUGAGUACGCGCGUGUCGCGCUGAGCGCAGCCGAGCGCGUGUCUUCCGAGGAGUCAGAUUCGGAGGGCGACGCCGCCCCCGCUGCCGCUGCCGCGACCGCUUCCGCUUCCGCCCCCGCGACCGCCAUACACACACCGCCACUAUACUCGCUCACUCGGGCUCCCACAUGGUUGUAGACUUACAUUAUACCUUAUAUAUUAUAUUACGUAUAUGUAUACACAUUUUUAUAAUGUUUAAUGGCGUGUACAGAUGAGGGACUUUUGUCCGUGUAGGGCAUAAUUCUUCUUUGUAAUUGGUGGGAACUUCCCCACACGUAUGCAUUAAGUGAUCAGUGCAAUUCUGUGUUUAAUUUUGACGGAUAAUAAGUAUGACGAGGUUUGUUCCUCAACUUUGUAGGGCUUAUGGUAACAGUAUUAUUGAAUUCGUGUUAAAAGGCGAAGAUGGUAGGUAUAAAAAUUACUUUUUUUUUUCGAUAAUUAUACAGUUUCACUGACAAUUUGUUAGAAUUAUUAUGUAUCCAUAUCAAUAGUUAUUUGAAUACUCUCUUAUUAUUGCUAUACUCAUGAUGAAUAUCUGUUAAUUGUAAUCACAUUUAUAUUAAAGUUUAAAAUUAAAUAUUGUAGAGAUACUGUUGAUUCUUUUGUCAAAGUAUCUAUAUAACUUUCUUAUAUUGUUGCAAUAUAAGUUGACGUUAUAUAAAGGCAUUUCGCAGCUCGAAUUUCAAUGUAGCAUUCCAUCCAUAGAUAGUUAACUGCGUGAAAGCUUCGCUGGAUGUUUUAACUUUUUAUACAUAAUGUUUUUGGACUAAUAAGUAAAUAAUACAACGAGGCACACUGCCAACAUUCCAUUGAUGUUGUGAUGUAUAAUGUUGAAUCUGUUGAUAACCCCAACAUUAUUUUAUUUACAUGUGGUAACAUUGUUUCUCUUUUAUACUUUCGUGUCAAUUAUCAUCAUCGUCAUAUCAGCCGUUAUCUAUCCACUGCUGAACAUAAGACUCCAUAAACUGCCAUAAGGUACGGUCCUGCAUCUACUGACUCUCUGCAAUGCAUUUGAGGUUGUCACUCCAUCUUAUAACAUUCUUCCCCAUCAGUUGUCGGUUCUUUGAAUUUUGUGACCAGCCCAUUGCCACUUCGCGUCAAUACUAUCUGUUAAUCUAAUCUGUAAACCAGUAUUCUUCUAUAUUAUUUUUUCCCCUUUCAUUACUCGAAGAACUGAAUUUUAGCGUCAACUUCAUUUUUUAACAUUACUUUCAAUUUUCAACAGACUUCAAAAAGAAAAUGAUUCUCAAUUCGUUUGUAUUAUUUUUUUUUUAUAUUUGUUACCUAAUACCUAAUUACUCAGUCAGUUAUAAACCAGUUUAAAAAAUUCUUUUUAUCUGAAAGGAUAUACUUACAGAUUGGUCCCAUAAACAUUUUAUCGAAAUAGGUUGAGUAAUUUAGUUACGAAAUAAAAAUAAUUGGUGUUGCCAUAAAUGAAGUAGGUUUUUUUUUGUGCUACACAAUCUUAAUUAUCUGAAGAAAAUACGGUUAUGUAUUUUAAAUUGCCUCAUUUUUAUAGCCACUUUUGUCAUUAUGUCAGAGUAUGUAUGUAAAAGAAAGUAGGUUUGUUGGACUGUAUUUAUGGCGUUGUUGGUAAAAAAAAUAGGUCGACAUUUAUUCAGUAUUCACAAGAAUCACAAGUACACAAGAGGAGCACAGUGUUGCUACAUGUAGAAAUAAAAUUCACGUAAUAUUACAUUCACAUUACGUAUAUAUUGUUGGUGUUACCAGCAGACACUUGAUAUGUUCCAAAAAAGACUCCGUGUAGUUUAUUGCUAUACAUAAUUUAAUUCUUUUAGACUUAGAUUAAUCGUAUAUCUAGAUAGCUGCGGAAUUGCUUAUGAUCACUAUUAGUAAUUGCAAUUAUUUCUAUGGGGCGACAAAAAAUAUAUAGUGGCUCCAUUUUUGACAUAUUAAUAUUAUGAAUAAUUUAAACAAUUCUGGUCAUUUUAUUUUUAAUUUGAUAUCGAAAUAGAUUGGAGCUUGAAACAACUGUGAUCUAUUGAAAUUGAUGAACGGAAUGGUAAAGAUUUAGAUAGGUAUUAUAGUGAAAGGUGCAUUUUACAAAACGCAUUGAAAAGCUAGUCAAGUUGAUGUUGCGAUGUCGAUAAUAUAGCUGCUAUAGUUGGACUCAUAUGAAGUCGGUUGUUCUUUAUUUGUUUUUAGUAAACAAUCCUAAUGUUUUUCUAAUGAAAUAACUAAUAUAAUAAACAAAUUAUUAGGAUAAAAAUAAGUCUGUGUUAAAUUUUUUAUUUAUCUAUUUGUCAUUUAUUUAAAUUAUAUCUUCGAGAAUACAUGCCAAGAUUAUCUAUCAAAUAAAGAUAAGAACUAGUUUAAAAAUUUAUGUUUUUAUCAAUAUUUAUAUAUAAUUAUUUAUUUUGUAAAUUCUAUGCUUGUGUUAAAUCCUUGACCAUCUCUAUAGGAUAGAAUGUAAACUGAAGGACGGUAAAAGCAUUAAUUUUUUAACAGUGGUUAAAUAGGACGAUUAUAUUAUUUUGCCGAUAUGAUAAAUGGCAGGUAAAAUAUGUGAAUUUUAAUUAAACAUUUUUCAUUUUUCGUCGGUGAUAAACGUUAUGCCGUGUACGAAAAUGGGUUAUUAUAGUAUAAAGCUCUCAAAAUUUAUUCUUGAGUAUAAAAUUGUAUUUGGUAAAUUCUAUAAUAUCGCGCUUAAUUGAGUCAAGUCCAGCUUCAUCUGUAGUGGUUUCAUUUUAUUAUUACUAUCUCAUAUGAUGGACAGCGAGUAGACCAAUGACUCAUUUAUAUUAUUAUCAUCGAUAUUUACACGUUCGAAAUUAAAAGUUUUAUUACAGUAUUAUUUUAAUACAUAUUUGUCAUCCGAUAUGUAUAUUAUUUUUGAAUAUCACGUGGUAGAUCUCGCUUUGCUAAUAAUUUUAUAAUUUUUUUGGUGCUAGUGCUUCACUAUUAGUAGGUAUAAAUUUUGUACGAGAAAAAUAGUAUUAAAGCACGAUAUAGUAAACAUCAACGUAUAUACUCGUUAAUGUGAAGUUCAUAAAUAUCUAUUAGACAGGUCAGAGAUACUAACUAUUCCAUGUAUACAUAUUUAUGAACUUGGCUUCACUAUAAUUAUAGUAAGAAAUUAGCUUCCAUUUUUUACGCAAAAUUCGAUACGUAUCCAAUGAAAACUAUUCUUACACCAAAGAGUAAUUUUGUUAAGAAAAGAACAACUAUUUUCUUAAGACUCUUGUCUUAUCAAUCAAUGAUCUGACUAUCUUAGGGUCAGCUUAAACUGGCAGAGUGCCGAUGAAGGGUCAUGGUUACGACCAUUUGAAAGAUGACUAGGUUUAUGGUAUACGACUGAAAUUGAUAGGAUAAAAUAGCGACUCCCGAAGGUACGAAAUCGCACUCCAUGGUACUUAGUGUAUCUGACGCUUUGUCCGUGUCAGCUGACUCUUGUAGGUACUAUAUAUACCUAUUUAAUAUAUAUGAUCUGUUUACUGCAGCAUUAUUUAUUUUCUACAUGCAUAAUUGUAAUAAAUAUUUAUUUCAAUGA